AGUGGGAUGAGAUGUCAUUCAUCGCUGGACGCGGUUACCACGGUGCUGGAUAGCGAAUUGUCCUACUUUACUGUUCGAGAGUAACUCACUUUUUCAGCACUAGAUAUUCUACAGAUUUUGGUUAACGCAUGUCGGCACCACCUAGGCCUGAGCCCCCUGUUGUGGGGAAGGUGACCCACCAUAGUAUUGAGCUGUACUGGGACAAGGCAGCAACUGCAGACACGGUCACUAAGGGUGAUGGCCGUCUGAGGUUCACAAUUCAAGAAGAAGAUAAAACAGGUGGAUGGGGAAACGUCUACACAGGCUAUGCAAAACGUUAUGUGAUUGAGUCCCUGGAGCCAACCUCGGUUUACCGUUACCGGCUACGUGUUACCAACGACCAUGGACCCAGCGAACUUAGCCCCACUGUUACAGUCUCCACUACUAAGGAGCCGUUGACCGCUGAUCACCUUCAUAGAGCCAUCAUGUUGACCGUCGACAUUGACCGGAUAAUUGAGGUAUUGGAGACAGGUGAAGUUUGGGUUGAUACACCAGACAAGUUUGGAUUCACACCCCUCAUGAAUGCUGCACAGAAAGGACACAAAGAAAUUGUAAAAGUGUUAAUAGACUAUGGAGCUGAUGUGAAUGCUCAAACAACCAGUGGUAAAGAUGCGUUGAUGCUAACAUGCUUCGCUGGUCACCUUGACGUCGUUAAGAUCCUGCGGCAGAAUGGCGCCAAGUGGACAACAGCAGACAAAGGCGGAUCUACAGCUAUCCAUUGGGCAGUCGAUGGCGGAAAUACAGAACUUCUCCGGUGGAUGAUCAGAGAUGGAGCUGAUGUGUCUGCAAAAGAGUCUGUAUCAGGGUGGACACCAUUAAUUCGCUGUGCAACGAUGGGUGGUAAUGCAGAAGUUGCUAGGGUGCUAUUAAAUGACGGGGCAGAUGCCAAUGCAAGAGAUAGUGAUGGAAAGACAGCCUUGAUGAAUGCAACACUGAAUGGCCACCAAGCACUAGUAGAACUGCUUGUGUCUCGUGGGGCUGACAUGCACAUAAAAAAUGACCAAGGCAAGACGGCUAUUCAUAUGGCUCACUCAUUUGACCGAAAGAGGGUCAUCAAAUUCUUUGAAGAAAUUGAAGCAAAGACUGGUCAGGGCGAUGCAAGGUAAAGUUUUAUGAUGGUGAAUGGUGAAAUGAAAAAGCUUUAUAUUUAGAUAAAAUAACUUGUUACACCUUGUUAAAUACUACUGUAUUUUAAGAAAUGUAUGCAAUUUUUGUAUGAAUAAUUAUAUAAUUGAAUCCUUCCAAUUGUCAAUUUCAUUGAUCGAAAGACUUAUUGAUUGAUUCAUCCGUCCAUAGUUCUGCUUAUUUCUACAAUAUUUUUCAAAGAUGCCUUUUAAUAUCUUUUAUUUUAUUUAAAUUUGCAUUCGAUUGUAAAAAGCCCACCAUUUAGAUAAUGGAAUAUGUAAGUAAAAAAUAUAACAAUACAUAAUUAUAAGUGCUGUUACUCUAAGCCUAAUUUUUAAAAAUCUGUUCACAAACCUGAUAAUUCUGUAACAGUAAAUUAUAAGGGUAAAAUUUUAUUGCUUUUGGAUGAUGGUUGGUAUUGCUAAGUAGAUAAUGUACUUAUAAGUAGAUGAGUAUGUAUAUUCUGAGCAGUCAGUUGAGCUAAAAUGUAUGAAUAAUAAAUGUUAUUAUUUAAAUGUAUA